GCAUAUAUUGCACAUAUUGCGCAGCGCAUACAUAUAGUCAGAGAUUUAUCUAACGGUCAGCUUCAUAACUGUAGCUUGAAAAAAAAGUUAGAAAAUGAACUCAAAUUUAUUAAAAGCGGUCUUAGUAGUGUUUUAUUUGCAUUUUGUUUUAAGUGAUAUUACAGGUGUUAAAACUACUGUUGGAUUAAUACAUGGAAAAGAAGUAGAUGUAAAUGUGUUUGGAGAACAUUUCCGUGUAUCAAAGUAUCUUGGUAUACCAUAUGCAGAACCCCCGGUCGGGGAAUUACGUUUUCAAAAGCCCGUACCGAAAACACCACUCCAAGAGCACCUAAAUGCCGUCCUAUACGGAAAUGCGUGUCUCCAAGUCGAUAUAGGGAUGCAACCUAAAGGCGAUACAAAGUACUCGGAGGAUUGUCUUUAUCUGAAUAUAUAUGCUCCAAAGAAACCUGAGCAAGGCGAGAAACUCGCGGUUAUGGUUUGGUUUCAUGGUGGCGGAUUUAUUGUAGGAUCAGCGGACAUUUAUCCGGCGGACCAUCUUGCUGUAUACGGAAACGUUGUUGUAGUAACUGUUAACUAUAGACUGACAGUUUUUGGAUUCCUAAGCACCGGGGAUAAACACGCUCCUGGUAAUUACGGCCUGUGGGACCAGCGGAUGGCGUUAGACUGGGUCAACAAGGACAUUGAAGGAUUUGGCGGGGAUCCAACUAGAGUUACUAUAUUUGGAGAAUCUGCCGGAGCUGCUAGUGUGAUUUAUCAAGGACUUUAUCCGGAUAAUCGAGGCUUGUUUCAGAGAUUGGUGGCCCAGUCCGGUUCUGCCGGGUCCUGGUGGGCAAGUAACGAUCAUUCUAGAGAAGACACUGAGAAGCUUGCGAAAUUGGCUGGUUGUGCAACGGAGUCUUCUAGAGACAUUAUAACUUGCUUAAAGGCUAUCCCAGGUGAAACACUGCUUCGAAUUGUUGACAAUCUUGAAAAUGGUUUCAAAGUAAUCCCUAUACCUUUUAUACCAAGGUUUGAUAAAGACUUUGUAAAACUUCCAAGUAAACAAACAUUUGUCCCGGGUAAUGAAAUACCAGUGGAGUCACGUGACUUUUUCAGGUCUCUAGAUAUAAUGGUUGGAAUGAACUGCGGAGAAGGUAGCUUGUCGUUAAAUCCUUUCUUUGGAGUAAUAGAUCCCUCUAGUUCCUUACCGAAUAAGACCGAAUUCAAGGACUUGAUCGUACCAGCAAUACAAAACCUGGCAUUUCAGGGAAACACUGACCAAACUGUUAGGGAUGCCAUAAUUGCAGAAUACACGAACUGGGAAAACCCUGAUAAUGAAUAUCUAAUUAGAGAUGAGUUUCUAGCAAUGCAUUCAGAUUUUACAUUUGCGGACCCACUUUACAGAGCUUUGGAUUAUCACUCUGAAUCAACCAGUAAUACUUACAUGUACUACUUUGAUGAGGUUACCACCAACCAUUUGUUUGGAACUUUCCCCUGGUAUAACAAGCUGGGGCACGGCGACGAGAUUCCUUUUAUUUUAGGAUUCAAAAAUGCGGACCAUGUACACGACUGGAAGUUUUAUGCCAAGGAAUGGGAAGCACAACUGUCCAAAAGUGUUAUCAAAUUGUGGGCAAACUUUGCAAAAACAGGGAAUACCAACUUACCUGACAACCUUGACCUUGACUGGUUGCCGUAUACGAGGAGGCAUCAACAUUACUUGCAAAUAUCACGUGAUAUGACGUCAUUGAACGUAAAACAACGCUGGAAUACUCGUAGAGCCAAUUUCUGGGGAAAUCUACUUCCAAGCAUUGUAAAAGCAUCACAAUGUGCACGUGACACUAAGGAUUCUGGACAACAAAGUUGUCCAGCAACGGGAAAAUGUCCUCCAUAGAUUUUGUAGGCAUACCCAGCCCUUACCGAUAACAUUACUUGAAUAAUAGAUCACAUAUCGGACUAACCCUGUUAUCCAGAAUAUUUUAGUGCUUUUGAUAUCGUGUAAAUAGAGCUUUCAUCGAUAGAAACAAUAUCGAUGAAUCAUCGAUAUUUUUUGUUUAUCAAUUUGACAGGUCUUGAUACUAAAUUUUUCAGCAGGUGGUAUGCCGGACCACUGGAUCCAAAAUUCAGUUGGUCCUUUCUGAACACAGGUGGUCCAUCUUUUUUUUUUUUUUACUCAUUUGUUUUUAAGGAAACUUGAGAUUUAGAAGAACUACACUUAAAAUUUGUGACAGAGACAUAUUUAUUAUUAGAUUUAUAACAACUGAAGAAAACAUGUAUUUUUUCUUUUUCAAUCUUAGAUCAGAUAGAAAGUCAUUGUAUUCCUAUUUAGUAUUUAAUAUCUCAUUGAAAAAUACAUGACAGUACUCGUACUUCGGUUAAGUGACUUCUUCCGCAACUCAAGUUAGGGAAUAGUGAAACCAUUUGUGAAGGACUUAUUUCCUUACUGUUAUUCAAAUACUCAUUGCUGUUUCCUGGUACACCUUAUAAGAAUAAUAAUAGCUUUUUAUAGAUUAACAUUUUUAUUAAAGUAUUAAGUUAUUAUUUUCUUAUCUUUGAAACAAUGAAAUAUUAAUGAUAAACAGAAAAAUUCCUACAUUAUAAUUGAGCUUAUCUUCCUCACAGAUUUAUUAAACAUGCUUGUUUGUUGAAAUUUAUUUAUUUUUGACAAAGUAUUUAUAACCUUUAAAGUACUUUAAAUAAGAAAAAAUGGAUCUCUGAUCGUUUAAAAAAGUAGCCAAAGAUUACUAGAUAUUUAAUUUUUCCUUUGCCUUUGUUUGCACCAUUAUUCAUGUGUUUAUCAGAUAUCCCAUAGUGAUACAAUGUUAUAAAUUCAAUGCAGUACUAGAGACAUUUGAAUGAAUUUUAUACUUUAAUUAUUAAAAUAAUUUUCUACAUUUUAAACUUCACUGUUAGCGAGUUAAUAAAAAAUUAUGGUUGUUUUAAGAUCUUUUUGAACUAAUGAGAUGAAUGGACAUAUACCUGUACAUCGGAGAAAUGGUUUUAAACAACAAUUAUAGAACACGUUUUUCGACCAAAUAACCAUUCUCCCAGAUGAGCCCUGCACCAUUUGGAAAAUUCAAGUGGUCUAACGGACCAGUUGCCUGUAAAAUUAGGUGGUCCUUGCCAAAAUCAGUUGGUCGCGGACCAAUUGACCACCGCUAAUGUCGAGGCCUGUCAAUAAUCGAUACACAUUUGAAAAAUCGAUAAUUAUGACUAAAUAAUGUAGUAAAAAACACACACAAAAGAACGACCAAAAAUUUUCAGCAAUUCUAUGGAAAAUUAUUUAAUAUGGUUGAUUGAUAAUAUUUUUUAUAUACAUGUAGGAAAAGCUGAAUGACUGUUAGAGAACUGAGAAAGCCAUCAAAGCAGUCAGUAACUGUCGUCUGCAAAGGUUAUAACAUCUAAUUGUUAAACUUUCAUUUCCAAAAACAAAAAACAAAAAUAUCUGAAAUUGAACGCUUAAGAUUUUGAAAACUUAAAGCAGUCAAAGCUGUAACUUUCGCCUGCAAAGGCUUUACCUUCUCAUUGUAAAAAUUUUAUUUCAAAAAAAAUUCUGAAAUUUAAAGCUUAAGAUUUUGUAAACCCAAGCAUUUUAAAAUGAAAAAGGCUAUUGUUUCUAAGGAUAUUACUCUUGAAGAGAGGAUCUCUUCAUCUGCGGAUGUUUCAAAAUUCUAAAUUGUACCAGUUCAUGUUAAAUGUUGAAUUCUGCUAAAGUCGGUGCUAGGGGGCGUGAACGGUAGUUUGCACUUGACAGUACCGUCCAUGAACAGGCUCAAUCAAACCGAGUCUGCAACAUUCUCAAUUUGCCGUGUUGGGCUUUCUUUAGGGAUUCUUAUUUUCUCUAUUUUAUUAUAACUAUUAUUAUUAUUAUUAUUAUUAUUAUUAUUUUGAAAUUUAUCUAAUUCAGUUCCAACAAUAAUGAAUGUAAUGAUUUUUGUAAUGAGCAUGCUUUUAACAAUGAUGAUUGUACCGUACCUAUGAAGAAUUGAAUGUACCUAUGAAGAAUUGAAUGUACCUAUGAAAAAUUAAAUAUACUUAUGAAGAAUUGAAUUACCUAUGAAGAAUUUAAUGAACCUAUGAAGAAUUGAAUGUACAUAUGAAGAAUUGAAUGCACCUAUCACAUAUUUCAUUGAGACGCUUACCCUAACCCUAUUAUAUGUUAUCAUUUGUGUGAUAUUUUAAUGCAAUUUUGUACUCUGGAUUUUAUCCAGAUAAACGGAAACUCUAUACUAUAAACGUGACAUCUUAACAAUUUGUGUAUUUAUAUUGUAGUGAUGAUAUAGUAUGUACAAAAUCCAAAAUAAAAUUAUAUUCUGUUUAAA